AACUAAUAUAAAAUGUAAAUUUAGAAAAUAAAUUUAUCUUUAAUCAAUGAGUCGUGCAUUGACCAGAGGAAAAAAAAAAACAAGUCGUCCCAAACUUAUCUCGCUGUUGAAUUAUCUGUCCUUCACCCCUCGCUAUCAAUGGCGGAUCAUCUCUUUCUCUCUCUCUCUCUUUCCUCGAUCAUCUCUCUCCGUUUCAUACUUCAUCUCAAACACCAUCUCCUCCCCCCCCUCCCCUCAACCACCGCCAAUGGAUUUCAGACUCUUAGCGAUCCUCGCCACCUCCGCAAGCUCCAUCUUCAUCCUACUGCUCCUCAUCUUCACCAUCUUCCUCUGCCGUCGCCGCCACGCCAUCCAAAACCACCCUCGCCGCGACCAAUCCCACCACCAAAGAAGCACUCCAAACUCAUCAACAGCUCUCAACCCCGCCGUGAGCAGCGAAAGCACGAGCUUCGAUCCAUCCAUCCGCGAGAUAUCCAUGUCGGAGCUCUCCUCAGCCACCAACAACUUCUCCACAGAUCUAAUCGUCGGCGAUGGAAGCUUCGGCCUGGUCUACCGCGCAAAGCUCUCAAACGGCCUCGUGGUAGCAGUCAAAAAACUCGACCGCGACGCCUUGCAAGGGCUCCGCGAGUUCACCGCCGAGAUGGAGACGCUAGGCAGCUUGCGUCACCCGAACAUAGUACAGAUCCUAGGAUACUGCAUCUCGGGACCGGACCGCGUCUUGAUCUACGAGUUCUUGGAGAAAGGGAGCCUUGACGAUUGGCUUCACGAGAAGACGGUCAACGCUUCUUACGCCCUACCGUGGGCCACACGUUUGAGCAUCGCCUACGGUGUGGCUAAAGGGCUGGCUUUCCUUCACGGUCUUCCCAAACCGAUCAUCCACAGAGACAUUAAGUCCAGCAACGUGUUGCUGGACUCCGACUUCGCGGCCCAUAUAGCUGACUUUGGGCUGGCGCGUAGCAUCGACGCGUCUAGGUCUCAUGUCUCGACGCAAGUGGCCGGGACCAUGGGGUACAUGCCUCCCGAGUAUUGGGAAGGGAACACGGCGGCGACGGUGAAGACUGAUGUGUAUAGUUUUGGGGUUUUGAUGCUGGAGAUGGCGACACAGAAGAGGCCUAACUGGCCUGUGGUUGUGGAUGGGAAGGAGGUUGGGUUGGCUCAGUGGGCUGUGAUGUUGGAAGGGAAGAAUAGGUAUAAUGAAAUGGUUGUGUCGAGUUUUGUUGGUGAGAAAGGUGUGGAUGAGUAUUUUGGGAUUGCGAGUCUUUGUAUAAAGGAGUCGAGUAAAGAACGGCCUACGAUGUAUCAAGUUGUGAAGUUAUUAGAAGAGGUUUUGGUGAGUGAGUGAUGUGGUUUAUUAGUUGAUAGGUAGAUUUUAGUAUGAUGGCUGGCAUUUGUUAUGUUGUUUAUAAAAGUGAAGUUUGAGCAAUGUAAUAAUUUGCAAAAAUAAAGAAAAAUAUUGUGACAUCUUAAUGUCAUUGUA